AUUUAUUGUUUAAAAAUAUAAGAUUUACGUUAAUAGUAAAUCAACUAACAAUUUGUUUUGCUCUAAUAAUAUUUUUGUAUUUUAAAAUCAAUGUAGCUUAAAUGUUUUUUAUUUAAUUUUUUAGUGUCACGAGUCUUCAAAUCGGAAACAUUAUGAUUUUAUAAGCUAUACCUACACGAAUUCAAGUAAAUAUAUCACUGAUGUAGCUGCAAACUAACUUCUUUGAUUUUUAAAAUAAUAUAUUGACAAUCAUGUUUUACAAAAACUUCUGCAUGUCUUCUGUCAAAAUCAAAAGUUUGAUAUACCCGGACGAUGAUUUACGCUAUUCUUCUGGCGAUCCUGUCAUACCUGUCGUACAUAGUCGCAGGAGCGCUGUUCCUGGGGAUCGUCGCGUUGACGAUCAGGCACGACCUGGUGUCUGCCGCGAUCGCCAAAGAGCUGCGACGUCAACAGCAACUGACGGAGCCGGUGGUGACGAUCGCUGCCGACGAUGACAUCGACGAUUGGACGAACGUCGCUAAACAGCUGGCCUUCGAGCCCGUGCCGCCCGCGGUAAGGAUCCAAAUGUUGAUCAAUAGUGUGCAAAAGUAUACGACCGAUCGUCUGGAUCCGAUGGAAAAACGCCUCAAAAAAAUCAACGAACGGCUAACCAAAAUUACUGCCACGUGUCGUCGGGCACGAAUGGCCUACGAUUUUGAGUGGUCGGAAGUGAACGCAUUAUGCGAAUCGAAUAGUCGUCAAACAAUGUCAAUCGGAACGAAUACAGACGACGCCGAAAUUUCAGGUAUUUCUAAAUCAGCCAUCGUUAAGGAACAAUCCGAACCGUCUCCAAUAGUAUCAUCGGUGGUUUCCGGCGUCGAGCCGUCUACUCAAUCUAUGGCUCCCUACGAUGGAAAAUCUCAAUCGUUAUCUCCGGAUGCUAUAAAAUCUCAAUCGAGAUCGAUUCCGUCGGAAUUGAUAUCGAUAUCUACGAUUUCCUCCGCUCCACCGAUACAAGAAGAGGAAUCACUUAACGACGCGUUUAAGGAACUCGUGCCGUAUCUUAUAUCAACCGUUAUGUGGUUUAAAAAUGCCUUGACCUCCGACGUGUACAGGAGAAAAGCAAUUAAAGUUUAUAAAACGUUAAAUUCGAUACUUCACUCCGAAUAUCUUAAACAAUGUUUUAAAUUCGCUUUCGACAGUUUUGAUAAUUUGGUCAGGCUUUAUACGCACAUAAACACGGAGAAUGACGUGACUUGGGUCAUGAUAAGAAUACCGGCAACAGAAAAUGAUUAACCGUGAUUCCAUAUUUUUGAAUCGAUAUUCAAAAGUGUAGUCACUGUGGUAGACCCCUAUUUAAAUAUAUUUAUUAGUCGAUCAAUUUGUUUUUAAUUUAGAAAUAAAUGUACAAGAAUAAAAA